AUGCACGGACCCAUAUUUCUGAUGAUAUAAGAGCAACUUUGGUGGACCAUGUCAUCAACCAUGGCCUGACCAUGAGGGAAGCUUGGCAGAGAGUCCACCCACAUCUAAGCCGCUUCGCAGUGGCAUCUGUAAUAAGAACAUUCUGACUAGAAAACAGGUAUGUCGUCACCUCUCUACCUUCUACUCAGAUGGUUCUUACAGCACUGUUCUACAGUAUAUCACAUGACCAUAUCAAGUGUACAGGAUAUUGCAGGGUGCUAAUGCUCCUUCUGCAGCCAAAGUGGUAGUUUUUGUGAAACAUACCAUGAUUACUUAUAUUGAAGUACAGUGUUGUACAGUGGAUGAUACAGUAUAUACAGUAAAGUACUGUAAGAAAAAUAAGCAAACCGAUGACAAUAUGUGGUUGUACGUCUCUAGAAUGACUCAAAGACCUUCUGGGGGAGGAUGCCAAUGCCUGUUCACACAACAGCAGGAACUUGCCGUUGUGGACCUAGUGAGGGCAGACAAUGCCAUCCGUCUCCACCAGCUACGAAAGACAAUACUUGCAGACAGGCAAGUGCUCAACAACAUAACCCAUGUGAGCAUCACCACCAUCAGAAGCAUCUUGGGAAAACACAGCAUCACCAUGAAGCAGCUCUACAGAGUCCCAUUUGAGAGGAACAGUGACAGGGUCAAAGGACGUCGAGCUGAAUAUGUACGGAGAAUCUUGGCCAUGGAUGGAGCUGCACAGCCUCAUGAAUUCAUUUUCAUUGAUGAAGCUGGAUUCGACCUGUGCAAAACAAGACGACGGGGUCGUAAUGUAAUUGGCCAAAGGGCAAUUGUGCACGUCCCAGGGCAGCCCGGGGCAAAUAUCACAUUGUGUGCCACCAUAAGCCUUCGAGGGCUUCUGCAUCAUCAUGCAAAACUAGGUCCAUACAAUAGCCAACAUAUACUCACAUUUCUAGGUGCUCUCGAUAAUAUAGUUGUACAGAACAGACCAGAUCAGCCCAGGUUUGUGGUGAUAUGGGAUAAUGUCAGUUUCCAUCGGGCUGCUCUGGUCCAGGCCUGGUACUCCAACCACAAUCAACUUGAAGUGGUAUACUUGCCCCCUUACUCACCAUUUUUAAACCCUAUAGAGGAAUUUUUUUCGGCUUGGAGAUGGCGUGUAUAUGACCGCCAACCACAUGCCCGCAUGCCUCUUCUGCAGGCAAUGGAACAGGCCUGCAGCGACAUUCAGGUGACAGCAAUCCAUGGAUGGUUUCGACAUGCAAGGGGAUAUUUUCCCCGGUGCCUAGCGGGAGAAGACAUUGCUUGCGAUGUCGAUGAGGUCCUGUGGCCAGACCCCAACAGACGGCGGGAUCCAUGAGCCCACGUAUGCACAAUUGUCAUGAUUUUUUGUGUUUACAGUAUAGUGUUUUUUCUAUUACUGUAUUAUGGUUUUUGCUUUAUCUGACUUCAUGGUGCUGCAAUGUACAAUAUUGAGUAGGCCUAUUUGCUUUUUUGGUUGUUUGAAAAUGUGUCUCCUGCAAAUAUGCCUCCUGAAUAAACAAUGACAAUCAAAGACUGCAGUGUUUUAUAUAAAGUAGACUAGUGUGUUCCCCCUGAUCUGAAAGUGUUUGCAUAUGAUGCAAGUGUGUGUCACUUUGUCAACAGAGUUACACUUUGACAAAGGAAUGUUGGGUUUUGAUAGCAGAGUUUAGGUUUUGAGAGUAGAGUUUCACUUUGGCACAGAUGUGAAUGGUAUAUUUCCCAGUGUUGUGUCAUGUUUACUUGUGUUUAGAGUUUUGGCACAAUGAGCAAAGUUUUGCAAAAUGUGUUCAAGCAAUGGGCAAAAACUGUAAUUAGCCAAACUCUGAAUGCCUCGUUUUCAACAAACUGCCUCUCGUUCAAAAAUUUGCCCUCCUAAUCUAAUUUCAGUGCAGGUUCAUUUUGGGGAUGGGAGUGCAGAGUCUUUAGAACUUGUCUUAGAAACUCAUGCUAUUAAGAUUUCCUGAGCACUGAAGUAAUCCAGUGACAGUUUCUACAUAGCAAACAACAGCUGAUAUUGUUUAAAGCAGCGUACAUGUUGCUGUUACAAAACACAGUAACCUGAGCCUGUCCAAUGCCAUGACUCCAAACUCCAUCCUCCUAACUCAGCUAAUUCAAGCCAGCAGAAUUAAGCUGCGAGAGCACAGUUACCCAGGAGAGUGUGAAUUUCCUUUGAUUCUUCUUUGUACAUUAUAGCUCUGAAAUGGCACUAGUGAAGGUUACUAAUGGUCCUCUUAUGUCCGUUCACAUUGGUCUCAUUUCUGUGCUUGUCCUGCUGGACCUCAGUGGAUCAUUUGAUACCGAUGACCACAAUAUUUUACUGCAGAUAUUAAAACAUACUGCUGGUAUUAAAGGAAUUGUACUGUGGUGAGUUUGAAUCAUAUUUAUCUGAUAGAGUCCAGUUUACAGGGUCUUUGUCACACACAAAAGUUAGACAUGGAGUUUCACUGGGUUCUGUGCCAAGACCAAAACUUUUUACAUUAUACAUGCUUCCCUUAGACCAGGGGUUUCGAAC